UAGAAAGGUAAUGAAGGAUGAAAGCCAGCGAAAGAGGGAGGGGAAAGCUUAAAAAAUAAGGCCGCGAAGGUAGAAAAAUCGAACGAAAACCACGUACUUCUCCCAAAACAGCUGCUAACCCAACACCAAACAGAAAAGAUUGACUCCCAAAUCCGCGAGUAAGCUUAUCUUGGAAGCUAGACUUGAUGUUAAGAAUUGGAUUACCCUCCCUAAAUUGCCUCCUCUCCGCGACGGAAUCGCCGUUAUGGCGGUCCUUUCUCACUCCUCGUCUCACAACCUCCGCAAUCCGAGCAUUUUCCACUGCCAUGUCUCCGCCGUCCAAGGCCAUUGUCUACGAUCAGCAUGGCCCUCCGGAUUCUGUCACCAGAGUGACUGAGCUUCCUCCAGUUGAAAUCAAAGACAACGAUGUAUGCGUUAGAAUGCUUGCUGCUCCCAUUAAUCCCUCUGAUAUUAACAGAAUAGAAGGAGUGUAUCCCGUGAGGCCACCACUACCAGCGGUGGGAGGAUAUGAAGGAGUUGGAGAGGUUCAUGCCAUAGGUGCUGGAGUGAAGUCUCUUUCACCAGGAGAUUGGGUUAUUGCCUUUCCACCAACUUCAGGCACAUGGCAGACAUAUGUUGUAAAAGAACAAAGUCUCUGGCAUAAAGUUGACAAAGGCACACCAAUGGAAUAUGCUGCCACUGUUAUUGUUAAUCCAAUGACUGCCCUGAGAAUGCUCGAGGACUUUGCUGCAUUAAAAUCAGGCGAUUCUAUUGUGCAAAAUGGUGCCACAAGCAUCGUGGGACAAUGUGUUAUUCAACUUGCUCGAGUCCGAGGCAUUCACAGUCUUAACAUCAUUAGAGACAGGACUGGAUCAGAUGAAGCGAGAGAAAAACUCAUACAACUUGGUGCUGAUGAAGUAUUUACUGAGAGCCAGCUUGAUAUGAAAAAGAUCAAGACUCUUCUGGGCAGUAUACCUGAACCUGCAUUGGGGCUCAACUGUGUUGGUGGAAAUGCUGCUUCACUGGUCCUUAAAUUCUUGAGGCAGGGUGGAACUAUGGUUACAUAUGGGGGCAUGUCAAAGAAACCAAUAACUGUACCGACAAGUUUAUUUAUAUUUAAGGAGCUUUCUUUGAGAGGGUUUUGGCUCCAAAAGUGGUUAAGUCCAGAUAAAGCUGAAGAGUGUCAUGGCAUGAUUGAUUAUCUUUUAGUCCUAGCCCGUGAGAGCAAACUGACCUAUGACAUGGAGGUUGUACAGUUCGAUGAUUUUCAUACCGCUUUGGAUAAGGCACUUGGAAAACGGGGAAGCCAACCUAAACAAGUUAUUAAGUUCUAAUCUUAAAUUUUGGAGGUAAAGGCCAUUCAAGCAAAUGCUAAUCUAAUCUUUUAAUCUAUAGUUUCAAUAUUUGACCAUAUCCGGCCUAGAUGUGAAUAUUGUGUCAGAAAAGGAAAAAAGGAAUCCUAUGCAAUUCUGUGGAUUAAGAUGGACUGGUAGUUAAACAAGGCAUGAUGUAUUACUAUUUACUACUUUAGUCCCAUUUGGUUAGGUACAUUCUUUUUUUGUCGACCCCAAAUUAUCAUCACUUUAUAACUUGAAUUCCACCAACUUUAAUUUCCAA